AUGCAGUUAAAAUUUUCAGAAACAGAUGGGUUUGUUUAUGAUUUACUUCAUUUCUUAUGGUUAAAAGAUCCAAUCUCAAAAGUAAGUAGAUAUAAUUAAUAGAAAGCACCAAAAAUUAAUAUUCCUUAUACUCUCUAAAUAAAAGCAGGAUAGGUGAAAUUUUGGUAUUUCAGUAAGGAGGGAGUAAUUUAUAGAAAGAGUAAAGAGAAAUUAGAUCCUGAUUAUUUGAAAUAGUUAUUUAAUUCAGAUAAAACAAAUAAAACAGAAGCAGUGUGGGUUUUUGAAGAAAAUGAUAAGCUUAAAUUUAAUUAUAUGAAUAAAAUGGAAGUUGGUCAUUUUAUUGAGAAAUUAGACUAUUUAGAUGAGGGUAUAUUAUAGGGAUUCAUAUAUCCUAAAAGAGAAUGUAACAGUACAAUAAAAUGUGUUUGGUAAAAGAAUAGUUGCAUUUUCGAGUAAAUCUAUAAUAUAAACAAAAUAUAAAACAAUUCUUUAAAUCCCAAUUAAAGAAUCACAACAUUUGAAACUGAUGGAGGUCCAACAAUAAGUACUACGUAUAUAUAUAUAUAUUUAUGCAAUUUUAUAGAUUAAAUUCAAAUGUCCUUGCUUAAUCAUUAGAAUUAAUUUGCUAAGAAAUCUGUUAACAUAUUAAUAAUGUGACAUUUGAGAAGAUUAAGAUAUCUUUAAUGGAAUUAUACUUUAGAUAAGGUGAAGAUGGUUUAAUAUAUUUAUUAUUCUGCUCUAAAGUUAGAACAACUACAUAAAAGAGUAAUAGUAGUAGUAAUGUGAGAUUAACUUUAAAAGUACCUUUACCUAAAGGUCCAAACAUAGUUGAAUAUACAAAUCAAAGAUGUGUUGGUUGUAAAGUAAUUUAGAAUGUAAAUUUAUUUGAGGAAGUAAAUAUGAUGCAUUUAUAUCACUCUUUAGAUAACUAUUAGAGAAAUUAUAGAAAGUUGGGAUAGACAUCAUGAAAUUAAAUAUAGACAAGAUCCUCCAAUUAUAGAAAUGGAUAAAAAUUGUUUGGUUCCGAAGAUUCUUAGAUUUAUUUAUCCAAGUUUGGACUUUAACCAUUAUUAAGGUUUAAAAUCGAAUUCAGCAUUCACUUACUAAAAAAUUAAAUUAUGUUUAAAGUGUUAUAAGAAUGUACAUGACAAUAAAUCUAGAUUUUCUACAGCCACCUAUUCUAUACAAAAAAAAAUCAUGAUGAGGUAGAAAUCUUCAUAAAGUACUUUUUAAUAUGAUACAUAAUCAAUUAAAAAGAGUUUACCAAGUUAAGAAUCAUUUACAUAAAAUACUCAAAGUUAAACUAAGAAUAAUAGUACUCAUAAAAGAAGCAUUUCUAAUACAUCUUAUAUGUUAAAAUACCGAUGUAGUACUUAAUUUGUCUUCAAUUAAUCUAUAAGCUAGAUAUUUAGAAACGAGUAAAGUUAAUAAAAAAUUUGA